AAAAAGCCUGGCCUGCUGUCGGUUAGCUCCAUCAGCGGGGACAUCGUCACUCAUGCGUCGUGCGCAUGCGUGCGUCUGUGCACGUUUCCCGGCGCAUUUCUCGCUUCUGUGCAGUUUUCAAUCGCGGGUUGGAGAGUCGUGUUUUUGACGGGCUUUGCGUGGUCGCAGGCUGUCCGCCAUCAACUCACCAUGAAACUGUCCCCAAAAGGGGACCAGACACAGGUCGUCAAUGAGAUCUUGAACCGCAAGACGACGAUGCAGACCACCAAGCGAGCGCUGCCGUGGGCUGCUCUCAACUGCGUUUUCGCCUUACUUGUCUAUCUGGAUUUGGGCCAAGGAUCCGUGAUGCGCUUUCUUGGAGGAGAGCUAGCCAUCCUUUACUAUCUUGAGUGCUUUGUCGGGCUCGUGUUUGGCUACAACUGCUUGGUCCACCUGAUCAAGUACGCCUGGGUCCAUCUCUACCAGAAACCCGUACAAGUGAGCACGCAACAGAAGAAGCUGUUCCGCAUCUUGGACACAGAUACUGGUUUCGGCUUGAAGACGCCACCCCCGGUGGGUGCGCCGGAAAAGCGGCGAGACUUCCUCGGCAGCUUUGUGCUGCCUUCGGCCUCUACGCCCCUCUCUUGCUCCCUUCCCAACAGCCCACUCAACGCUUCAGCAGCCAGCUGGACAUCCGCAAGCUCGGGCUUGGGUGGCAACGUGAGCCUCUCGUCCAGCUCGUGGGACUACUACGCCAACCCUGCUCAGCGACCGCCGCUGGACACGACGAGCGGAUCGGACCGGUCGCCCAGUUCGACGCAGGCCACCGCCGGACCGCUGAGGUGGCGGCAUGGAACCUUGGGCACCCGCCGCAGCCCCAAUUGUUCGCUGCUCGAGUGGAGUGUGGAAGACGACCGCAGCCUCGAACGCUUCUUGGCUGAGCACAGAGAGAGCGACCACAGCUCCGCCUUCGACUCUGUGGGCGCCGACAUCUUGAGUCCCCCGCUCGGCGCUGCAGACUCCGUGCUCCCGCGCGCCGGCCACUACCAGACGGCCACGCGUUCCCCGCAGUCCGCUCACGGGGAUGAUCCAGACUCCACGGCCACCUUCACCGGAGACAGCGACUGGAGCAAGUGGUCCGGAGACAAGCAACUGGAUCGCUGGGUUGAGAAUCUACGCAAGUGGAUCAAUCAGACCAUCCUGGCCAGGCUGGCUUCCGAAGUGGACUCUGUGAACAGCACGCUGCAGCGGCUGGGCUCAUCUGACCUCCGCGUUGGGGAGGCAAGCCAGUCGACACUGCGUCAGGUGUCCCUGAGCAAGGGUCCCCAGGUGCCCACGCUGGCUGCCCUGCUGCCCUACCUGGACCUGUCUCCCAACCAGGAGUACCUCGUCCAGAGGAUCAAGGAACUGUCGAAAGGUGGCUGCAUGAGCGGCUUUCGCUGGAACGGGGGCAGCAGCAAUUACAAGGGCAAGCCCUGGGGAGACUACCUACCCACCGAUUCCGCCAUCGUGUUGCACAUGUUCUGCACGUACCUGGACUCGAGGCUGCCUCCCGACCCGCGCUUCCCCGACGGCAAGACCUUCACCUCGCAGUUCUUCAGCAAAGCCCCCGACAAACCGCACACGGGGAAGGACACUCUUUGCAUUCACCAGAGCAGCUUGUUUCCACCGCACUACAAAGUGGUCGUGGGUGAGGCUGUCUGGGACCUGCCCAAGGGCCGGAACAACCUUUUCUAUGCUCUUCUCUUGUUCCUGCACCACAUCAAAACCAAGCACGGUGGCAUGUUGGGGAGGAUCAGCCUAGGUCUGUCUGGAGUCAACUUGCUGUGGGUAGUGGACGGAUAGCAAGCCUCGAGACUAACCUUGCUCCACACGAAGAGAGAACACAAUCGUAAAUGUGGACGCCUGCAUCCUUAGAAUGACAGACAAUCCUUUCAGUUGUCCUCCGUCCCGAACGACGACAACGCGGACGAACUGUGCUUUUUGCGUAACCGACGACAGGAAGCUCGGUUACGCAAAUGGGACAGCCGAGAGAUCCGCCGUCACCCUAAAGCUGCCAGGGAACAGAGUGCCAGAGGUCUUCCACAUUUGGAGGUUGUGCAGCAGAUGCAGAAUCUUAGGAUCUGCCUUUUCAGCCACUGCCACGAAGUCCCAGCGAACUUCCACAAAGCGUAGUCAUUGUCACGCCACAAUCAUUCAUCGGUCCGAAAAAAGAAUUGUAAGAACACUGA